AUGCCACCAACACUCUUCUACGGUACAGCCAUCUUCGGCACCCCGACAAUCCCCUCUUUCACCCAAGCAGAAAAUGUCUCCAAAAUGCUUAGUGAAGUUCAUUCGCUAGGCAUCACCGAGCUCGACACCGCCGCACGCUAUCCACCUGACAACAUUGGCGCAUCUGAACGACUCCUCGGCAUAACAAACGCUGGCAGCAACGGCUUCAGUAUCAGCACCAAAGUAUUAAUCGCCGGCACCAGUGGAGAUGGUUCUCUCUCAAAAGACGACAUUCGCGCAAGUGUUGCGAAUAGUUUGAAGACGCUGGGUGUCGACAAGAUUGGAAUUUUGUAUGCUCAUGCCCCCGAUACUACGACGCCGUUGGAGGAGCAGGCGGAGGCUUUUAAUGAGCAGUUCGAGAAGGGUUAUUGCGAGAAAAUUGGAGUAUCCAACUUCCCCCCGGCUAUGCUGGAAAAGUUCCUCUCAAUCUGCGAAGAGCGCAACUAUGUCAAACCAUCCAUUUACCAGGGUGAAUACAACCUCGUCCGCCGCGACGCUGAGGAUAGUCUCUUCCCACUCUUACGCAAACACGACAUCCGCUUUGUCGCCUUUUCUCCGCUGGGAGGCGGCUUUCUAACCGGUAAAUUCACCGCCGGCAACGCAGAGGGGACGCGAUUCGGCAGCCCACUGGGGCAAAGACACAGGGGUGUAUAUGACAGACCUGAUUUCCAUAAAACGGUCAAUGAACUGAAGCGGAUCAUUGAGCCUUUGGGGAUCAGUCCGACGGGUGCAGCUUUGAGGUGGCUUGCGUAUCAUUCGGAGUUGGGUGAAAAGGAUGGAAUCAUUCUGGGAGCGAGUAAGAUCGAGCAGCUUCAGCAGAAUGUGAAGGAUAUCAAGCAGGGUCCGUUGCCGGAGAGUGUUGUUGAGGCCAUUAGGGCUAUUCAGGGUGCUACUGACGCGUGA